AUGAUGCCCUCCCUCUCGCGCACCCUCGCCCUCUCGGCGGUCACCCUCUCGUCGGCGCUCCUGGCACAGGCCGCCACCUGGAGCCGCACCGCCGACAUCCAGGGCAACGGCUUCUUCGACGCCUUUGACUGGUUCAACGAGCGCGACCCCACAAACGGCCUCGUCACCUACCAGACCGUCGACGCCGCAAAGGCCGCUAAGCUCAGCUACGUCGACGACAACGGCGCCUUUGUCAUGGGCGUAUCGACCGUACCCGUCGCCCUCGAGGGCAGGCCCAGCGUCCGCCUCCAGUCCAAGCAGAGCUACGCCGACGGCCUCUACGUCCUCAACGUCACCCACGUCCCCACCGGCUGCUCGAGCUGGCCCGCCUUCUGGACCGUCACCGAAAACAUAAAGUCCUGGCCCGUCGGCGGCGAGAUCGACAUCCUCGAAAACGCAAACGACCAGUACGCCGCCGGCCUCGUCUCGGCCCACACCCAGUCGACCUGCCUCAUCGACCAAAACAUCCCCGACGCCUACGGCCAGGUCACCUACAGCAACUGCUCCGCCUACACCGAGGCCAACUCGGGCUGCCGCGUCGAGAUGAGCAACGGUCCCGCUCCCACCUGGGGCGCCGACCUCAACAAGGCCGGUGGCGGCGUCUUUGCCAUGGAGCGCUCCUUUGGCUCCGAGGGACAGGGAGUCAAGGUGUGGUACUUUCCCAACUCGGACCCCUCGUCGCUUCCAAAGGACCUCCGCGCCGGCAGCACCUCGGCCAACAGCGACAACUUUGGCAAGCCCUACGCCCACAUGCCCAUCAGCGACUGCCACGCCGACUUUGGCAUGCACAAGAUCAUCUUUGACAUUACUCUGUGCGGCGACUGGGCUGCCAACACCUACGCCGAAAGCGGCUGCCUCGCAAAGUACUCGGCCUGCAGCUACCAGGUCGGAUACAACGGAAGUUCCUACUCCGAGACCUACUGGGCUGUCGACUCGCUCCGCCUCUUCACAGACGGCGGCGACAAGGCCAACGCGGCCAACUCGCCCAACACCGCCAAGCCGUCCACGGUCGCCGCCUCGAGCCUGGCCACCAGCACCGCCAAGCCCUCGUCGGGAGCCGCAAAGAGCAACUCUGCCUCCUCUGCCGCAUCCGCGUCCGUUUCGACCCCGCUGACUGCCCUCGCCGGUGCUGCUGCACUCGCGCUCGGCCUUCAGCUGCUGCUCUAG